UUAUUUUAUUUAUUUUUUUAAGAAAAGGGCCGUUUUUGGUUUGAUUUUUCAAAAAAAAUAACAGUUUGUUCAAGAGCUCUUAUUUUGAAAAUAAAAAUCAAUUGAACCUUAGUGGGCAAAAACCACAUAAACCAACUACAUCUAAUUACAUUUUAGUCGUGUUUUUUCACGAUAAAUGAUCAAAAUGUUAUUUUAAGUUGAAGUAGUGAGAAUUACUGACGUAUUAGAUAGAAUUUGGUGAACAGGAUGUGUCCAGCUGUUUAUGAACUGCGGGCUGAUUUCAUGAUUAUUUUUAGACACUGUCCCUUUAAGAGAGGUUACCUGGGAGGGGGACAGGUGUGAGCGACCAUCAUGUUUAAUUUUACCCGGGACAGGGAACGCUGGUGUCCACCCGGGAACCCCCUUAAAGCCGGGGUUGUCGGGGGUCGCGGCGGGACGGGGGUGUCUGAGUCACUUUUGCUCCGCGGACGGUGGAGCUCUCACGCCAACUCCACCGUCAGUGACGUCCGCGUCACGUGUGCGUCUCUUCCCCUCGUACGUCGGUCGCAUUUUCCUCCCCUCCACCGCCUGCCGUAACACCGAAAUAAACAACCGCGGAGGACGGGCUCCGCCGCUGCUGACUGCGGGUUUCAGCGGGUCGUCACCGCCGGAUGGACGGACGGGGUCUUUACACCUCAAGUUUCCAUCAGUCCAGCCCGACCCUCCCGUCCGUUAGUGGCUCCUCGGAGCUUGUGUCAAUGUAAACUUUUUCGUACCUCCGGGGCUCCGACAGACGAGACGGAAGUGCUUGGGCCUAUGGAUAAGCCCUGCUGUUUUCCUUCCUCCAUGUCUGGCCUAUAGGCAGCAGAAAAACAUCUUGCUCGCGUUUCUCAGCUAUUUAGCCAGCCCACUCCACCACAUGGUCACACCAUGGCUAGCAAGAGGAAAUCUACCAUGCCCUGUAUGAUCCCAAGCAAGAUAAUCCACCACAUAGAGGAUGUCGAACAGGACUCUCCAGUUCUCCUCCAUCAGCCCAGGAUUUCCGGGGGUGACUCUAGUGAAUCUUCCAAAUCAAAUGUGGGGGAUGAUAAGGAUGGGGCUGGAAACUACAACUGCAAACUCUGCACCUUUGAAACCCACGACCUCAACUUGUUCCUGGAUCACGUCUACACCGUGCAUCCAGAGUUCAGAGCAGAGCCCAGUUUUGUUUGCAUGAACUGUGCCGUCUCGGCUCCGAAGUUUGAGGGGCUGGCCCUUCAUAACGCUAGGGUUCACCCCAGCACGCUGACCACAACGCUGCAGCUGCGGAAAAGGGACCGGCGAGUUGUGGUGGAGCAAACUCUGAGUUUGACAGAGUUGGGCAAAGAGACCGAGAUUUCUAUCACCAAAACCCCCAUCAUGAGAAUGCUGAAGGGCAAAUCUGAACCCAAGCGAAUUGUAGUGUCCCACCCGCUGUCAGAGGAGCCGCUCUCAGACCUGCAGAGUGUCUCCGUGUCCAGAGAGGGUGGAGCUAAAGAUGGUGCUGCAGUGACGGUCACCCACGUUCCUACGAUUGUCCACAAUGGAGCGACGAAGGUCACGCUGCCCUCAGCAAUACAGAUUGUGAACGGGUCCGCGGGGUUGCCCUUGUUGAAGACGCCCAUCACACAGGUGGUUUCUGUAGCCCAAAACAGAGGCGUCCACCAUUCUGCAGCGGUCACUUCCCCCUUAAAUGUUUCUUCUGCUGCCUCAUCUUCAUCAUCGAAAAAUCUCCCCAAGGUUAUGAUUCCUUUGAGUAGCAUCCCCACCUACAGUGCCUCUAUGGACGAAUCCUCUUUCCUGAAGACCUCUUUCAGUAAGUUCCCAUACCCCACAAAAGCCGAGCUUUGCUACCUGACUGUGGUCACCAAGUUCCCGGAAGAACAGAUCAAGAUCUGGUUCACUGCUCAGAGACUGAAGCAAGGCAUCAGCUGGUCUCCUGAGGAGAUCGAAGAGGCCAGGAGGAAGAUGUUCAACACCAUCAUUCAAACGGCGCCUGCUAACACACAGAGCCACCCCAGUCCCGCCCAGCACACCAUCACGGUGCUGCCCGCCUCCCUGGGAGCUGCGGGGAUCCCUCAGUUUCUGCAGGGCUCUCUCGUCAGUCAAGGAGGCGUCAUUGUCACGCAGCCAGUGGUAGCAAACGGUAUUCAGGUCAGCAGUGCUCCUGUGGCCCUGGCUGUAACACCAAAGCCCCAGGCGGCGGCUCGGCCCAUGAUGCAGGGACGUCCUGCCGCAGCGCUGGUGGCAGACAAAGGCAUCAGCAUGGUGGUGGGAACGGUGGGGAGCAGCAGUGCAGGGAACAAUGUCAUCGUCAGCAGCAAAAGCGGGGGAGGAGACUCCAAUAGUGCUGCCGGUGGUCAAGGCGGCGUCAUCAACCUUAGCCUCGGAAGCAGUAAUCAGAGUAAAGCUAAGGCUGGGAGCGGUAACGGGAAACGCGCCUCAUCUGCUGUAGACUCCAGCGACAAGAGCAAAGGAAACUCCGCCGGCCGCGUCGGUGCUAAAGUCACAGAUGUUAGCAAAGAUGACCACAUCAACGCUGCAGAGACUGACCGCAGGGCGGGCUCAGGAAGCAGCGUGGUUGUCGGCAGCACAGACAGCGAUGGACAGAAGGGGAAAGAUGUUAACGGUAGCAGCAGCAGCACGGGAAGCUCAAGUCCAGACAACGUUGAUUCCUCUGCAAGAGACUCGCCAAACAUCAAAAUAGAAGAAGCUUUGUCCCCCGCCUCCAAGUCUUCCUCCGCUUCUCCCGCCCCUCUCAGCGGCUCACGGAAUUCCAUCAACGCUUUUCUGGAUCCCAUUUUCUGCAAAGGGAAGAAGUCUCAGGAGCAGCUCACUGCCCUGAAGGACAGCUUCCAGGCCAACCAGUUUCCAGACCAGGAUGAAGUGGAACGCCUCAUCGGAAUCACUGGCCUCACAGUGAGAGAGGUCCGCAAGUGGUUCAGCGACCGACGGUACCACUUCCGUAACCUGAAAGGAGGUCGCUACAGCAACGGGGGGCAAGGUAAACCCGGAGCCCUGUCUGGAUCGGGGAGCGAUCCAUCCCCACCGGGAGGUGGGUCUGCCACCACCCCCGUGGAUCUAUCUGAAUGUAACAGCAACUCUGGUGCAAAAACACACCAGCAGAACUCGCCUGAUGCUUUCCAGAACCCUGCUACAACUCCCACCUCCCCCACCACGCCUUCCCGCCGAACAGCCAGACCGCCCUCGUCUGACUUCACAGCCAUUCGCUACAAGGAGAGAGAACCCCACCAGGUUAAAGCGCUUGAGGCCAGCUUCGCAGAGAACGCCGAGCCAUCAGGAGAGGAAGUGGACAGGCUGCGAUCUGAGACAAAGAUGACCAGGAGGGAGAUCCACGGCUGGUUCACCGACAAGAAGAAGAGAAUGGCAGCGGAAAAAAAGAAGGAAGAAGCUGAGCGGUUACUGAAGGAGGACGAAGAUGAGAUGGAAGUCGAUGAGGAGGAAAAACAGAAAGACGACGGUUCAGGAGAACCAAAAGUCAACCCUAUUAAAAUAAAUCUAAAGAUGCUUAAAGUGACUGAAGCCAGUGGCAAGCCAGAGGGUGAAGGCUCGGAGAAUCUAACGUUACAAUCUCCAGCUGGCAGCGUGGCUGCUUUCUCCCCGAUCUCCACCUCAUCUGGCAACUCUAAAGCCCCACAGCCCUCCUCUCUAACCGCUAAAGGCACUCAUUCCCCCAAACCUGUAACAGUCCGAGGCAAGAAGACCGUGGAGCAGCUGCACCUGCUCAAACAGGUCUACGCUCGGACCCAGUGGCCCACCGCCACUCAGUAUGACGAUUUAAUCUCAGGCACCGGGCUGCCCAGAUCUGAGGUGGUGCGCUGGUUCGGAGACUGCCGCUACGUCCAGAAAAACGGACCGCUGAAGUGGCUUGAGGAGUACCAGAACAUGGCUCUGGAGGAGGAGCUGCAGGCGGAGAACACGCAGAUCCUGCAGGCCCACCUUGAUGCUCAAGGCAGGCUGGAAGAGUCACAGUUGCAGGAUCUGGUGGAGAAGACGGGUCUGACUGCAGACCUGGUGCGGCACUGGUUUUCCACCCGAGGAUCUCGGCUCCAAAGCAAACCCACGGCUGCACAGACGACAGGAGCAGUCGCAGCAGGCGUGGCCGGAACAACGGGAUCCUCCCCCCUGGAGCAGCAGCCGGCAGGCGGGACGGAGCAGAAAAUGGAGCAAUCAGUGUCUAGUUUCACAACCGAUGCAGAGAAGACGAACACUAAGGAGAUUUUGAAUGCUUGUAAAGAGACGGACUGAGGCGACCUCGGAGUGAAGCUGGAGUUCACAACGCAGGUGGUCUUUGUUCUGGGGGUCCGACGGCAGAUGCACUUUGUAACAGGAUCACUGGAUGGAAACGGAUCUUGAAUACCUAUCCAUCCUUCCCUCCCGCACUCCUUCCCCUCUCACCCCCCCCCACCCCCCAGCGGUAGGCGUGACCUCCCCCGCGACGCGAGGCAGAAGCUGACCUCACUCCCUCUUUCUCCCCUCCUUCUCCUGUUUCGCGUGGCCCCACACUCCACAGAUGCCACCUCCCUGCAUUUUCUCAGCCACCAUUUUCCCUCAAGGACAAAGUUUUUUUUCUUUUUCUUUUUACAUUUUUGGACAAGCACAGGAGUGAAAACCAAAGGAAGCGGAGGCUGAUGGCGGUCUGCUGCCAUGUUUGCUCUGCCUGCUCGCAUGAUGGGAGAAACAGUGGACAUGAAAGGAAAUGGGGGGGUGGGGGGUCAUGACGGCCUGAUCAGGGGUGGGGGGUUGGGACGCAGAGAAAUGGUCAGACUUGAAUUAGCCCAGUAUUGUGAGACUGUCCGUUGUUUGUUCUUUAAGGUACGAAAAAAAUGCACAAUUCUUUAUUUUGUACAAAAGUGCUUGCCGAGGCCUUAGAUAAAACUUUUUAGUAUUUUUUUUUUCUUCGUCAUGUUUGCAGCUUACUUUAAAAGUGCUAGCUAGGCUGUUCACAGCCCAUCUCUGUUUGUCUGUAUUCUGUUUGCUAGAAUUUGGACAUCAGUUGUUCCAAGUUGGAAAUCACAUCAGCCAUAGGAGGCGAGCACCCUGUGGUGUCAAAACAAAAAAACAAAUGUGAUCAAAUAUAUUCUAUCUAAUGGAGUAGUGGAGGUUUGUGUUGUAGCAUUAAGUGCUUCUUUAAGUCACUGACGUGUACAACAAUCUGUUUUUAUGGAACUUUCUUACUGAAUAAAUUUGACUGUACAAUAACUGAACUUUUAUUAAAGUUCCAUACUUAGGUUGGAUGUACAAUUUUUACAAAUGCAUUUGCAGAAUAAACAGAAUGUAUUGAAUGUG